ACCAAGAAUCAACAGUCUUGUCCAAGAUGCCACUCAUCAAGCUCUACUUCACUCCUGCACUCCUGCUGCUGAUGCUCAGCUGUCCUCUGUGGCAGCUCAGCCAGUCUCUGCCGAUGAUGAGAAAUGGACCAGUGACCGACUCCUGUGUCUUAUACGGACGAACACUUCUACAGAACAUCACUGUGGCUCUCUCAGAGAAGGAAAUGUUCCAUGCAAUCAACUGCACCGAGCAGAGUGUGGAGCUGAACAUGGAGACUAACACACCAUCUGUGUGUGCACCAAAGGAAUCAACAUGCUCUGGAAUCGCUAAAUCAGAAUUUGAUCAGGAGUCAUGUCUGACAGAGAUUGAGAAGGACCUGCGUCACUACUAUAAAUUUCUCACAGCCCAGCCGGACCCUUCUAAGUUACUUGACAAAAUUGUUCUGUCCAGCCUCAGAGAAUUCAUGGAGAACUGCUUCACAUGGUCUCUGUCCGCAGACUUGACCUCAAAGCAGGCUGCUGUAGAGCGUGAUAGCACCUUUGAGGAAAGACUGAACCUCUGCAAAGUGCUGAAGGGAUUCCACAUCCGCACCAUCACAAUCAACAGAGUCAUUGGAUACAUGAACUCUGGUGAACACGCUAAAUAAAUUCUCUCUUGUGCUCUGACACAAAAAUAUUUUCAGAAAGCAAAUAGAACCAUUUUACAUACAAAUUACAUCAACUACAGCAACAGUUUGUGUUACAAUCAAAUAAUCUAGAUGUGACAGAAAACACUUCAGUCUACUUUUAUAACUUUUUAAUGUUAAGCUAUAUAUUUAUUAUUUUUAUGUCAUCAUAUAAUUUAUAUUUAACAUCAAAAUGAUGUGUUAAAGUACUUAUUUAUGAAGUGUAUUUACACACUAAAUGCUAUUUAUUUAUUAACCUUUUUAUUUAAAUCUGGACUAUUUAUUUUCAACUAUUUAUUGUUGUUAUUUACUUCUUCUGAGACUUAUCAAAUAAAUAUUUUUCCUGCAUAAA